GCGACUCUUGGACAGUGCUCAGCACCUGCAACUGUGGGGUAGCUGGGGUUUCAAAGGUCCCGGGAGGACACUGCCCUCCACACCCCACACCCCACAGGACCUGCUCUGCGCGUCCCUGCCUCCGGGCUAACUGGGGCUCUCUGUGCUCCCUCGGGCUCUGACUCGCACCCCCUCUGACUGUGCCCUUCUGUCCUGUUUCCGGAGUGAGGUGCAGCGGAGGGAGAGUGGCCUCCAGAUGAGCUGAUAAAGUCUAGCUGCACAGAAACCAAGGGGGAAUCGAACACUGCAAAACAAUGCCGAGAGCGAAGGAAAGAAAACAAAAAUCCAAAGCGGCUGCGCCUUCGGUGGUUCCCGUUCUUCAGAAGUUCCUGAAGACCUACCAGAGGCACUGCAUACAGUCUCGGACCUCCGUGUGUCCCACCAUCCACAGAGACCUGAAGGACAGCAUUGACAGAGAGCAGAUCCUCAGGAGAUUCAUGCUUGUGAGGGCUGGUAACUCCUCAGCCAGCACUCUGCCCGUUUCCUUGGAACCUUUGCUCAUGACCAUCCGAGAUGAGAGCUACACGCUGGGCAAGGAGAUCUGCAUCUGGGGCCUUCAGCUGACGAACCCGGAGAUCGCCAGACUCGCUUUGUUUCUGGAGCAGAAGGGGCACACCACUUGCCCAGUGACUACAUUGGAAAUCAUUGAUUGCAAGAUGGAUCUGUGGUCUCUGGGACGACUUGGGAAAGCUCUGCAGUUCAGCAGUUUGCACUUCCUGGUCCUCGACUACUGCAAGUUUGGAAAUGAAGAACUUGAGAGCAUCUUCUCAGGCCUGGAGAGCAACCAAAGGCUCCAGGGCCUCAGUAUGCGCUACUGCGGGCUGGGGCCCCAGAGUGGGCCAAGGCUGGGCUCUGUCAUUAGCCACAGCGCCAUUUGUGACCUGCGCCUGGAUGGAAAUUACUUGCAGAGUUCUGGAGCACUGGCUCUCCUCAGACCUAUAGCAGAAUAUGCAGAGAUGCAGGCGAAGGACCAGCCUACCUUGGCACUGCCACAUGCUGGAAAUCCCCCUCAGCCUCCCCAAGUGUGCCGGGGAGCAAGCUCAACUUUGAGUCAGAUUGUGAAAUCUUCCGAAACUUUAACAGUGAAAAGAACCUCAGGGAAGAAAGGUGGGAAAGGAGGAAUCAGGAGACAAGUUAAAAGCGUGGUGGAAGCCGGCCCUUGGAUUGUGACACUGCGUUUGGCAGAUAACAGCAUAGACGGGACAGGGAGGGAGGGAGACUAUCUGCUGGAGCUCACUCGAACUGUCACAUGCCUGAUCAAAUACUCAACUCACUUAAGGGAGAUGGACCUUGGGAACAAUGUCCUGGGAGAACCGGCUGCAGUGGACAUCCUGGAAGCACUGAGAGUCAGGAAGACAGGUAAACUACCACCCUUAAAAGUUACAGUCACUCCCCGGAUCUCUUCGGACACCUUCAGAUCUAUCUGGAAACUUAGCAAGAAAUCUAAUAGGCCCCGUAAAAAGAAGAAAAAGGUAAGAAAUUGAAUACAGAUACCAUUUUUUUUUUCCCAAAUGGAUGAUGCCUAUUUCCAUGGCGAGACAGACACAGCUAGGAAGACGCAACUUGUUGUGCACAAACGUUUCUCGUUGCCAUCACCCGCUUUUAUGUCCUAAAAUUCAUCAACACCACUUAGUAAUCUAUUCUGUCACACAAAUCGGUCUCUAAACUGUAGGUUUCAUUCUGUCUCUGCUGCCACUAAGUGACCAGGAGGAGGCCAAACCCAGGAAGCCAUUGCUGCUGGAGACCCCUUAUCCACCGUGGCCUAGCGUGGGGAAAGUUACCGUGCCCACUUUUCUCAGGAACAUCCAACUGUGAUGAGCCUGUGUGUGUCCGCUGGCAGAGGCUCCUUAUCCUGGGCACCAACUUGAUUGAAGGCUGAUGACAAGAAGCAGAGAAGGAAUAGCACCUGCAAGAUCGAUGCGUGGGAAAAUGAAAAAA